AUGUCUGGUGUGUCGUUGGACAAUCCGUCGCCCAAGAAGUCGCUGGAGACGCAGGAGAGGCUUUCCGCGAUGAUCAACGAACUCGACUUGGAGUCGAGCGAUGCGAGUUCUCUACCGCCCGUGGCAUCUCGCAAGCCAGAAUCCGGCUCGUCCUCUGUGGGUAGCGGCGUUGCGAUCAUCAGUCCCUUGACUGCUGCGAAGUUGGAUGGUGGGCCACCUGGGAGAGGCCAGUUGACCUCUGAGUCCGACUCAGGCUCCUCCGUAUCGUACGCUGACGCGAGCAACGCGAACAGAAUGAGUGUGCAAGAUAGUGCAUACAGAUACAGUAUGGUCUCGAACUACUCUGGUGUGGUCCACGAAGGUACGGAGGUCUCGUACGUAGUAAAGAACAGGGAUCCGCAGGGCCAUGUUGGUGCUGCUCCUAUAGGUAUUGGGUGGACGAUUGAUAAGGAUUCGGUGCCCAAGGUACCCAAGGUACCCGGUGGAUUGGCAGGCGAGGGCGUGGACGAAGGCGUGGACGAGGGCGAAGGGGAGGACCGCAGCCGUGAACUUGUCAUCAAACAGAUCACGAACGCCAAGCCCGUGAGCAGGUUCAGCUCUGUGCAUUCCGAGACACCAAGCAAACCACCCAAGUUGCAAAGCGGUGAUGCCAGUGGUGCCAAUAGAGAACCAAUUCUUGUGCCAGCGGUUGCACCUGUCCUCGAGGAAUCCAGUUCGCCGUCGCAGGACGAUUCGGCGUCGAUACAGUCGAGUAUCAUCCCGCCGCUGACGACGAAUGCACAUAGGACUAAGUCGAGGAGGGACCCGCACAGGACAGAGAUGGCGCCCGUAAUCCCUACAGCUCCACCGCGCAGCAAAGCGAGGCCCAGAACGAUGCUCUUUAACGAGGACGGGUCAGAGGUACUCGCACCUGCCGAAGAGCAAGAGCAAGAGCAAGACCACCACGAGGACGCUCAAUUUGUCGACGUCACCCCGGAGAGCAAGGGCACGCAGGUUACAAGCGAUGGCAAGAGUAAGCAGAGGAGACGGAGACAGCACAGACACGAGAAGGAAGGGAAACCGCGGCCUUUCAGCACGGAGACGAUAUCGCAACUGCUCUCGAUGACGAGGGGAACGCUACUGGGCUCAGAGUUCGCUCAGCUCGAGAUGCGCGUUGAGGAGAAGCGGGCGCUCGAACGGCUCGUCGACUCGCUCUCGAGGCUCACUGCGGACAUGGUGCUCGACCCGGAACGCUACGAGGAAGGGUUGAAGCGACUGCAGCGGGCCACGAAGGCCCUCGACGGGUUCUGA